ACAGAAAAAACGUCAACAAUGGACUUGAAGUCGGCGGUGCCAUUGCUGUAUACUAUGAAGGAGAAUUGGUGGUGGAUAUGUGGGGAGGUUAUAUUGAUAGAGAGGUUCUAAUUCCUUGGAAGAACGAUACCUUAGGCCUCGUAUAUUCAUGUUCCAAAGGGAUCGGCGUUAUACUGUUGGGUAUCUUUGCCGAGAAAGGUUAUAUUGAUUUCCAAGAACGAGUUAGUCACUAUUGGCCCGAAUUUGCUCAGAAUGGAAAAGAAUCUAUUACCGUAGAAAUGUUAAUCAACCACCAGGCAGGUCUUCAUUAUUUAGAGGAGCCAUUGGAGAUGGAAUUAUUUAUUACAGAUUUUGACCAGUUUGCUAGCAAGCUUGCAUUGCAAAAACCUCACUGGACCCCCGGUACUCAGUUUGGGUAUCAUUGUUUUACGUUUGGAAUGUAUGUUGAUGUGUUGUUGCGAAAGGUAGACCCGUUGAAACGUCCAUUAGAACAAAUAUAUCGCGAAGAAUUGUUCAAACCUUAUGAUCUUGAUAUUUUUCAAGGAACUCCUUACUCGGAACAGUAUCGCACUGUAAGUGUCCUCACAGAAAAAUAUUGGUGGGAAGUUGUUGAUUCUUUCUUCGACAUAAUUCCUUAUAUUGCUUCCAGAAUCUUGUUUACACCACACAUUUGUAAGGCUUCAACAGCACUUAUUGGUGGAUAUAUGUUUGGUUACGCUGGAUUUGGAGGCCAAGUGGCCUAUGGUGAAAUGACAAACAGAAUAAGCAUUGCUCACAUUACAAAUCAUUUGAACCCUAUCAUAUCAUUAAAUGACGAACGAUGGUCGUCUAUAAUCACAGCAAUAUAUGAUUCUCUUGGAAAAAUCAAAAAACAUUAAUUAUUUUUAUUACAUUAAAUAUAUUGAUUUUUAUAAAUAAUUUAUUUAUCUUAAAUAUCUAAGUAUAUAAGGGUGACAGAGGUGUUUUGAAGU